CACGGAUUCCCUCUCGAGCCGUUUCCCAGCCGGGGCGAGCUUGGCUCGGCUAUCGGCGAGCGAUUUGGGAACCAGGCUUGGAAGGGGAAAGGCGAAGGCAAGAGUGGAAGGCAGGCGCCAGGACCGCGGACAGCUCCUCGCCCUUCCUCCCCUCGGCUGCGCGUACGUAUUAUCUAGAUUAUUUUGAUCCCAGCCCGUAGCCCCCUGCCUGCGUUGGCGAAGACUCCGGCUCCUCCUCUCCCCCGGGAACAUCCAGCAAGAAUCCAGGCCGGGAGAUUUGACGUCAGGGAGCGCUUUCGUCCUUUUGACGUGUAAGCGCUCAUUCCCAUUCUGGCCGUGGCGGCUCCAAGCCCGGCUCCAGCAUGAGACCAGCAGAGAGCGAAGGAGGCGACCGCGGCGAGGCACUUUCUUAGCAACUGCCCGCUCCUUCCUUUCCAGUGCCAGAUCGCGUAGCAACCAGAGCCGAAGGGACUUUCCUCGCCUUCUCCAGCAACAGUUCCCGACUUCUCCGGGCUGUUUCGUAUCUAGAAUUCAUUUCCUCCUCCCGGAGUAUCCCUUUCCCUCUCCCGGGGCCAUGGGAAAGAGAUGCCGGGCAGGGCAGAGCGUGAUCGCGGCUCUCCUCUGCGCCUGGACUGUGGUCCAGCUGGCCAAGGCAGAGCGGCAGUUCGUCAAUGAAUGGGCAGCGGAGAUCCCGGGGGGUCUAGAAGCAGCCCGGCUCAUAGCAGACGAGCUGGACUACGAACUUCUGGGACAGAUUGGGUUACUAGAAGAUCAUUAUCUACUUAGACUUAAGAAUCACCCUAGAAGAUCUCGACGAAGUGCUUCUCAUAUCACUAGGCAACUCACAGAUGAUGAUCGUGUGACUUGGGCAGAACAACAGUAUGAAAAAAAGCGAACUAAGCGUUCUGAAUUAGGAGACUCAGCAGAAAAUCUAUUUAAUGACCCAAUGUGGAGCCAGCAAUGGUAUCUGCAAGAUACAAGAAUCAACCGAUCUUUGCGCAAAUUGGAUCUCCAUGUCCUUCCAGUGUGGCAAAAGGGCAUCACAGGCAAAGGGAUUGUCAUAACAGUGCUUGAUGAUGGCUUGGAGUGGAAUCACACAGACAUUUACUUUAACUAUGAUCCUGAUGCAAGUUAUGAUUUCAAUGACAAUGAUCACGAUCCAUUUCCCAGAUAUGAUCCUACAAAUGAAAAUAAACAUGGAACACGAUGUGCAGGAGAGAUUGCCAUGCAAGCAAACAACCUAAAAUGUGGAGUUGGAGUGGCAUACAAUUCAAAAGUUGGAGGGAUCAGAAUGCUGGAUGGCAUAGUCACAGAUGCCAUUGAAGCUAGUUCAAUUGGAUUCAAUCCUGAUCACGUGGAUAUUUAUAGUGCCAGUUGGGGUCCAAAUGAUGAUGGGAAAACUGUUGAGGGGCCUGGCAGACUAGCACAAAAAGCUUUCGAAUAUGGAAUUAAAAAGGGAAGAAAAGGGAAAGGUUCCCUUUUUGUCUGGGCUUCAGGGAACGGUGGCCGUCAAGGAGAUAACUGUGACUGUGAUGGUUACACAGACAGCAUCUACACAAUCUCCAUCAGCAGUGCUUCACAGCAAGGCCAUUCUCCUUGGUAUGCAGAGAAGUGUUCCUCAACACUGGCCACAGCAUACAGCAGUGGGGACUAUUCUGACCAAAAAAUUAUAAGUGCGGAUCUACACAAUGAAUGUACAGCCACUCACACGGGGACCUCUGCUUCUGCUCCUUUAGCCGCAGGGAUUUUUGCUCUAGCUCUAGAAGCCAAUCCUAAUCUUACCUGGAGGGAUAUGCAACAUUUGGUAGUCUGGACAUCUGAAUUCGAUCCACUGGCCAACAAUCCAGGAUGGAAGAAGAACGGAGCUGGACUGAUGGUGAACAGCCGAUUUGGAUUUGGAUUACUCAAUGCUAAAGCACUGGUAGAUUUGGCUGAUCCCAAAAGCUGGAAAGGAGUGCCAGAGAAGAAAGAAUGCAUAGUUAAAGACAAUGACUUUCAGCCAAGGUUAUUAAAAGCUAGUGGUGAAGUUACCAUUGAAAUUCCUACCACAGCUUGUGAAGGUCAAGAAAAUGCCAUUAAAUCCUUGGAACAUGUACAGUUUGAAGCAACAAUUGAAUAUUCCCGCAGAGGUGACCUUCAUGUGACCCUGACCUCCCCAUCAGGGACCAAAACAGUCUUACUGGCUGAACGGCAAAGAGAUAAAUCACCUUAUGGUUUUAAGGACUGGGAUUUUAUGUCUGUUCACACCUGGGGUGAGGAUCCAACAGGAACCUGGGUUUUAAAAAUAGUUGAUAUGUCUAAAAGAAUGCAAAAUGAAGGCAGAAUUGUAAACUGGAAAUUGAUUCUGCAUGGCACUUCCACACGACCUGAACAUAUGAAGCAACCUCGCAUCUAUACAUCAUACAACACUGUCCAAAAUGACAGGAGAGGGGUGGAAAAGAUGAUAGACUCCAUGGAGGACCAUACGACCCAAGAAAACCUGAGUGACAAAUACAAAGUUAGAGGAAUCACUAGCAGCAAACAGCAAAACCAAGAUGUGGUUUCCUCUGAUGCAAUGCUCCGUCUACUUCAAAAUGCAUUCCAUAGUCAGUUGGUUGGGAAUCAUUUACCAAAGAAGAUGCUAAAUGAAAAUACGGAUAUUCCAUAUGAACAUUUCUAUCAAGCUCUUGAGAAACUAAACCAAGGCCCCGAGCUGAGACACUCAGAGGAGUCUCUAUAUAGUGACUAUGUUGACCAUUUUUACAAUUCAAAAUCAUAUAAGCACAGGGAUGACAGACUACUACAAGCUUUGAUUGAUAUUCUAAAUGAGGAAAAUUAAAAACAGUCCUUGGCAGAAAACUAGAUUGGAAAUAUUCACAUCUCCAGUGCACUCCUAAUUUCGAGUAAUUGGCAUCUUUCCAUGAGUACAAUUGGUAUUAUUCUAUAUUUAUCAAUUGCCUCAAGAAUAAGCAAAACAAAAAGUUGGAUAGAUAUGAAAUGGCAACCAAUUUAUUCAAAGCAAUCUAUAAUCUUUUCAGAUAGGCAGCCUCCUUCAGGAAUGAGUAAAACCAGUUUCUCAAGGAAGUAGCACAAUGUCACUGCAACAGUUGUGUUUAUUACCCUUUCUAUACAAACUAUAAAUAUUUUAGAUUUUAUUACUGCUCACCUAUCUCAAAAUGUAACAUUGUUUGGAUAUACUAGGAGACUUGUCUGUCUUUCUAAUAUGGUCCCUGGGCACAAAAUAGCAUAGUGCAUUGCCCCUCUCCUUAGUGGCUCUCAUCUCAGUUUUGAAACUAGAAAACCACACCCAUGCUUUAGGUAUAUCAUAUAUUUAAAGAUAGAUCAGAUGAGAUUGAAAGGGGCCCAAGUUAAAUGUGCAAUCAAUAGUAUUUCAGGUAGAAGAAAACUUGGAAAAUAUAUAUCUUCCCACUGAUUUAGAGUGCACCAUCCUAUGCAUAUUUACUAGUACUAAGUAAAUCCCACUGAUUUCAGUGGAUCUGAUACUCAGAGAAAUAUGCAUAGGAUUACAGCUCUAUUGAAUUCAUGGGGAAGACUUGCAGAAAAAAUAAGGUAGUGUCCUCAUAAUACCCUGCCAAUUUCUUUCAGUCCAAAUAUUGAAAUGUAAUUUACCUUAUAUCCAGUUUUUAGUUUCUUUUCCCUCACAGCUUCCUUUUUAAAAACAUAUUUUCCCCCUUUGGUAAAUCUCAACACAUUUUCAACAAAAGGACAGCUCUUCACUGUGUUCCUUUCAUCAGGGAAACUCCUUAUUACAUCAGCCAAGUCAGGCACAGAUUUUGGGAAAAUCAAAAGUGUCUGUCCUGUUUAUUUCAGAGGAUAAGUCAAGAAGAGUUUGCUAGCAAAAACAGUCUGUGGCAAUUGGAAUUGAGUCCUAAUGGAAAAGCAUUAGAUUUUCUCCUUCACUUGUAUGAAUGAAUAUCAGCGCUGUUAGGCUCUCAGAUUCACACAUUUCAAGCGAUAGAGUUCUCAGAAAAGAGAGAUUUUUUUAAAAAACAAAAGAAAGAAAUUCUAAAUAUAAAUAUGAAAACACUAAAUAUUAUUAUUGGUACUGUAUUUUUCAGCAUUGAUGACACUUUUCACCCAACUGAGAGACUGCUAUCAGUUCAAAACUGACAUGAGAAGCCAAUAACCAAAGGGCAGAGAGGCUUUUUAAAAUAAUAAAAUAAAAUGGUUUAAUUGUUACAUUAGACAUGGCAGCAUUUACAGAGAAUAAGUAUUAGGCUGAAGCCUGUCAGAGACUGAAAUAGAUAAAAAUAUGGAAAUGAAGCAAAUGAAGCAAAAAUAGGCAUAAAAGGCUGCAAAAUCAGAAGGAAAAAAAGAAGGGGUGUAAAGCAGAUUACAGAUUUCAAGCUAUACUUGAAAAAUCACUUCCUCAUUUAACUAUAGGUAUGAGAAAAAUCAUCAAUAAGAUUCAAAAUAACAUAUAAAUCAUGCAGGUUUUAACCCCCCAGAGUACAUGCCUUUAGUACAUGAAGUCAAGUUAUUGAAAUCAAAACAAUCAUAUUACCAAAAUGCUUUAUUUUUGCCUCAGAAUUACAUUUGGGGCCACAAACAUUAGACUAGGCACAUAGGUUACCACCAUGCCUUAGAUUAAUCAAGCCUCCUUGAAUUUUAGCAAGUUGAUAUUACUGGUUCUGGUGGCUGCAAAAGUGGGCUGGGGAAUUCAUGCAGUCCAUAGUUAGCCAAUAUAUGGCUUAAGAUCUCAGAGCAAAAGAUUAUCUCAUUUGGGGAAAAAGCUUAUUCUCCAUUUAUUUUACUAGUCGUGUGCUUCCACCUACAAAAAUGGAGCAACAGGGAUAUCAUCUCUCCAUCAAUUGCAUGGGAAGACACCAGUAUCCAUUCUGAUCAUGGUUUAUGUGGUCCAGCAUGAUCAGCAUGGAAAGGACAGCAGCCACGAGCAGCAUGAAAUCAGACACACUUCUUAGCUGCAGCUACUGAUUCCUUUCAGGGAAGGCAAAAAUCUUAUUUUUUUUAAUAUUUUGAUAUUUUGGGAAGAGGUUUUUAUGAUGAUAGUUUUGAUGCUACAAUCCUGAUAAAUUAUAUUAAAGGAACAGAAUUAUAAUAAAAGAAUUAUAAUUAUCCCUUUUCCCCUUAAUUUAAAUAUGGUAUUAUUUUUAUGCUGAAUAAAUUUCAUUAAUAUUUUUUACCAUUAUUCUGUAUUUACAAUAAGAGCAGUAGAAAGUUCAGAGAGAGAAUCAUCUAAAAUAGAAAGCACUAAUAGAUUUCAAGAUUUGCACAUUAUUACAAGGCUAUCACAAGGAAGAGGAUGUGGUUUUAUUCUCCACAAUGACAAAGGGUAGGAAGCAAUGGAUGGACGUUUUUUUAUAGAGAAAGACAUUUAAAAUUUAAAUAAAUUUAUUUAAUUUAAAUUUAAAUAAAUUUAAAAUUAGGAGGAAUGUCCUGACUGUGAGAAUAGUUAAGUUGCCUCUGAUCCUGGAAGUGUUCAAACAAGGUCAAACAAUCAUUUGUCUGGUAUUAUUUAAGAUUUCCUGCCUUAAGCAGAGGUUGGACUAGAAAAUUCGCAAGGAACUUUCCAGCCUAUGAUUUUAUGAGAAAUACACAACAAAUUAUAGGGCAUUUCCUUUACUAAAUAGUCAAAAAAAGGCACAUAUAUUGCACAUAUCACUUUGGCUGGAUUCAUAUAUCUCUUUAAUAUAUCUUUUGUUUGGUUUCAGCUAUGUGGUUCCAAAUAUUGCUAAAAUGCUUAAUGUGAUAUGUGGAUUCAAGUCUUGACUGGAUUUCUAACUUAAUGGUUAUUGACUCAUUUCUAACUUAACCUGUGAAGUUUACAAAUUUCUGUCCAGAGGGAACAGCACUAGCAUUAUUAUAGUGUAAAUUGCCAUUCAAUAUCAGCAGUUAUUAGUAUAGUAUAAGAUUGUCAUGCUCCUUUAUAGACAAGAAUUAUACUUUAUUCUUUGAUUAAGUAAGUAUCCAUAUUGUAGCCAAAAUUAAAUGAAAUCUAAAUUAAUCUUGUGCAAAUUCUGAUAAUGUGAAUGUUUCCAACCUAGACUUACCCCCAGAAUGCUAAAUUAUUUUGGUUAAGUCUUUUCUUGGUGCCAGUAUGUAUUUGUGACAAUGUAAAAUGUAAAAUGAAAGACAAAAAUGUUUUAUGUCAAAGAAAAUGAACAUUAUAUUUUCUUUACAGGUAUUUAUAAAGUAUUAAAGCUUUUAUCAGACAUAAUUUAAGAAGAAUAAAUUAUGAAAAACUUUAAAAA